AUGUCUCUUGCGUCAAAUGAACCUACCGAUAAGGAAGAUGAAGCAAUAGAUACAUCUAGCGGUACAAUAUUCGAAAGAGCCUCAUCGCCUGCAAAAAUUGGGAAGCGAAAGAAGAAGAAGCGGAAGAACAAAAGGAAGAACCGAGCAGUUUAUGAUGACGCUCAACAAGGAAUGACACCUCAAAAUAAUGAUGAAUGCCAAGAGGAUGAAAGACAAGAGGAAGAUUCUGAAAACAAUGAAUACACCUACAACGGCGAAUUGUUGAUGCAUACAUAUUACACCUUACCACCAUCGCUGCAAAAAUUUUGGAGUCGAAGAUACGAAUUGUUUUCCAAAUACGAUGAAGGAAUAUAUCUCUCAGCAGAGUUAUGGUAUAGUGUAACACCGGAAAUGAUUGCUAAAUAUAUUGCGCAAUUAUUUGUGAAGAUAUUACCGCUUGAUGCAGAGUAUGGAUUGGAUGUAUGUUGUGGAGGAGGUGGAAAUAUGAUUCAAUUUGCCCAAUUUUUUGAUUCUGUAGGCGGAAUAGAAAUCAAUGGCACCAAUUUGUACUGUGCUGAACAUAAUGCAGAAGUUUACGGCGUUCAAGAUAAAACGUGGACAUUGCAAGCCGAUUGGAGGGAAAUCACACAACUCAAAGACAACCAAGAAGUCAAUUACGAUUGGAUUCCGCAAAGUGUAAGAGAUGCAAGAAAAGACGUACCGCCCAAUAGGAUAUUUGACUUUAUAUUCAGUUCUCCGCCAUGGGGUGGCACAAAUUAUGAUCGGAAUGAGUUUAAUUUAUAUGCCAUGCAACCAUUCAAUAUUACUGAGCUUUUGAAAACAAUGACACAAUACACAGAUAACAUUGGAUUGUUUUUACCCAAGCUGUCAAGUUUGAUGCAAUUGAGUUUGGCUACCAAGGAGGUGUAUGGUGACUACAAAAAGUGUAGAGCAGUCUAUAUAAACUCCAAAGGUAGAUGCGUUGCUCUAUUGGCAUUGUUUGGUGACUGUUUUACAGCUAGAUUCGAUGAGUUGGAUGAUAUUAGUGAAGAAGCUUUGCUAGGGACCAAAGUGGAAUCGAGUAAUCAGCAGGAAGAAAGUGCUGCUGAGGAAACUGAAAGCAAAAGGCUGGGUAAUACUGCAAAUAUGCCUUAUGAAGCUGACGCAGUUGUGACUAGCCCAGAAGAGAUAGAAUCAGAUAUAGGAUAA